AUGGCUGAAAAGAAGUGCGCCUGUGAAUGCGAAUGCUGCAAAGACUCUUGCAAAUGCGGAACCACCUGUGUUCCAAACUGCUCUGGUGGUGAAAAGUGUAAGUGCGGCCACAAGUCUGAAAGUACCCAAUGUAACAGUUGCGGUAAAAGUUGCAAAUGCGGUGCCACCUGCAGUUGUGAAAAGAGUAAAUGCACCUGUGACGAAUAG